AAACGACGACUUAUUACUCCCACUGGUCGCUUCCCUCUCGUCUCCAUCGAGACAACGCGCUCUUUGGAAUCUCUCCUUCCCGAAUCUCUCCGCCUCUAAUACUCUCCAUACCUUCAAUUUCUUUCCCUGGAUCCGCUCCAGGCGUGGCCGCGCUGGAAUUCUCUGUCGAUCGAGGUACGUUUCGGUGAAAUCAGUGCCUCCUGGACCCCCGAUCGGGCGAUUUCUCGGUAUUGAUCGCUUACCGGUUUUGUUCAUGAGUUUUUCAUGCUUUCUAUGUCGGUUUUCUUGUGAUUUCAGAUGAAGGAAAGGUUUUCGGGAUCUCGUUCAGUGUUAAUUAAACCGCAUUUAUUGCUAUUUUAGGGUAUUUGGUCCGAAUUGGAAGCUGAGAACGUUUCUAGGGUGAAUUAGAUUCAGUAAUUUAGUGGAAAAUCUGAAUACUAGUGGUUUUUAUUUGUUAAGUUUGAUCUAAAGAUUUGGCUUUUCUGCGAUAAUUUGUGGUAAUUGGGUUGUUGAUUAUUUGAGGCAUGGGUGAAGCUGCCAAAUUCACUGGAUUCAUGGCUGGGAUCCAUGGGAACGACAACAUGAGUAGUUUCUAUGAUAUGGGUUAUUAUCAGAAGAUUGGGGAGGGGUCUAAUAUGUCUGUGGAUAGCCUUGCUAGCCUUCAGACAAGCAAUGGUGGCUCGGUCCCCAUGUCCAUGGAGAACAGCAGUGUUGGGUCUAAUGACUCCCGCACUGGAAUCCUUCAACAUCCUGGUCUCCGCACUGUGCCUGUCAUUAACUACUCCUUGGGAUACAGUGUGCAUCCUGGACGGGUGUCUCAUGCCCUCAACAAUGAUGCGUUAGCAAAGGCGUUGAUGGACCCACGAUAUCCUACUGAGACACUUCAAAAUUAUGAUGAGUGGGCGAUUGAUCUGAGGAAGCUCAACAUGGGAAUGGCGUUUGCACAAGGUGCCUUUGGGAAGCUCUACAAAGGCAUCUACAAUGGAGAGGAUGUUGCAAUAAAGUUGUUAGAAAGGCCAGAGAAUGAUCCAGAGAGAGCUCAGUUGAUGGAGCAGCAGUUUGCACAGGAGGUGAUGAUGCUGGCUAAUCUGAGGCACCAAAAUAUUGUUAGAUUUAUUGGUGCAUGCAGGAAACCAGUGGUUUGGUGUAUUGUGACAGAGUAUGCUAAGGGUGGUUCAGUGCGGCAGUUUUUGAUGAAAAGGCAGAACAGGUCAGUGCCACUGAAGCUAGCUGUCAAGCAGGCCCUGGAUGUUGCUAGGGGGAUGGCGUAUGUGCAUGGAUUAGGGUUAAUUCACAGGGAUCUUAAGUCAGAUAACCUGCUUAUUUUUGCAGACAAGUCCAUCAAGAUUGCGGACUUUGGAGUGGCCCGCAUUGAGGUUCAGACUGAGGGGAUGACACCUGAGACUGGAACGUAUCGUUGGAUGGCUCCAGAGAUGAUCCAGCACAGACCUUACAAUCAGAAGGUUGAUGUUUACAGCUUUGGUAUUGUCCUCUGGGAGCUGAUCACAGGCAUGCUGCCCUUCCAGAACAUGACAGCCGUUCAGGCUGCAUUUGCUGUUGUCAACAGAGGUGUUCGUCCGGUCAUCCCAACUGAUUGCCUCCCUGUUCUCAGUAAGAUCAUGACCCGCUGCUGGGACGUGAACCCGGACGUCCGCCCUCCCUUCACCGAGAUUGUCAGCAUGCUUGAAAACGCUGAGACAGAGAUCAUGACCAAUGUUCGAAAGGCUCGAUUCAGGUGCUGCGUCUGCCAACCAAUGACCACAGAUUAAUAAGAAAAAACAAGAUGUUUUUGGAAACAGAGAAAGGGAAAAAAAGGAAAAGAAAUGUAGGUAGACUUAUGAAGCCUCAUGUUUCUACCCAUGCAGUGCUGCUGCUCAAGUAGAGAAUAUUGUAUGUGCGUGUCUGUUGGUUUCUGUUGUUUUUGUUUACAAAUCUGUCCAAUUUGCUCUUGUUUAUGAACCUUACGGUAUCAAUUCAGUCUCUCUUUUCUCCACA